AUGGAGGAAAUAUGGGCUGUAGUAACUAAAAUGGGCCCUUUCACUUCGCCCGGACCAGAUGGGUACUCUCCGGUUUUCUACAAGAGAAGUGUUGGGGUACACAUUGCAGUGAUCCCAAAGAUUAAAAGCCCAGAUACACCUUCUGAUUAUCGUCCAAUAUCUUUAUCCAAUGUUUUGUACAAGAUUGUGGCAAAAAAACUUGUCAAACAGACUCGAGCCGCAUCUGGAAGGAUUUGUAUUUUGGUCGCAAAGUGCUUUUGUGCCUGGUCGCCAGAUUUUUUGGGUAUUAUAUUCAUUGCAAAGGAAUUGCUUCAUUUUAUGCACAAUUCUAGAGCGGUAAAUGGGCACUUUGAUCUAAAGGUGGAUAUUGUGAAAGCCUACGAUAGAGUCAAUUGGAAGUUUCUAGGGGAUAUGCUGCAUAUUAUGGGAAUAUCUGGAACUGCUCAUUCUUUAAUCAAGGCAUGUGUGAUGUCUACCUCCUUUUGUAUUAACAUCGAUGGAUCUUCACAGGGAUUUUACAAGAGUGAAAGGGGUAUUCCGCUCUCUCCCACGUUAUUCAUAAUCUGCUCUCAGGGUCUCUCUUUACUGAUGCAACAAUUUGAAUCCCAAGGUACCAAGGAUAUAAAAUCAACAGAUGGAAUAAAUGUGUUUAAUCUGAAGAAGCUUCUACAACAAUAUGCAUCAAUGUCAGGUCAACUCACAGAUAACAAUAAAUCAGCCAUAUAUUUCAGUAAGGGAAUUUCAGAUUUAAGUAAACAGACGACAAUGCAAGAUUUGGGUGUUAGAGAGAUGGUGUCUGAUGAUAAAUAUAUUGGGAUUUUUCCUUUGAAGUCGGAUUUCAGAAUUGCAAGUUUCAAUUACCUUAUUGAAAAGUUUACCUCAAGAUUACCAGGAUGGAGAUUCGGCAGGGAGAACGGUAUUGCUACAAACUACUCUGAAUUCCUAUUUACUUCAUGGGAUUUUAUGUCUUCUACCAAAGGGUGUUACGCAGGAAAUAACUAA